CAUGUAAAUGGAAGAAGGGGCUUGUAGAGGUGUAGAGUCUUGUACAGCUGGGUGUGUGUGUGUGUGUGUGUGUGUGAGCAUAGAGGGGAUCUGCCGUGAAUGGAUGGGUCAAUUGAUAUAAAAAGUCGUUUAAGCACCCUAAAUGAAAGGAGUGUGUGCACCUCUCUGUCCAUCCCUCAAUGCGCCACCCAGCCAGCCAUCCUAAAAACAACAUGUAGUGGAAUCGGCCCAUCCACCACCACGACACAAAACUCAGACAGGCAGGCCGACAGGCAGGCAGGCAGACAGACCGGCCGGAAAAAGAAAACGGUGGCCGUCUCUCUCCCUCCCACGGAAAAAUAGCAGCGUACUGGCGGGUGUGUUCGUCCAUGAAUACAUAUGUAUGGAUUCCAUUCAUUCCCAUCUGCCCCGCCAGAUUCGAUGUCUAUCAGUUAGAUGACUUUGUUGUUGUCCUUGUCGACCAUGCGGUUGUCGAGGUUGUAACGCCAGUCCUGAGACACACACACACACACACACACACCAGACAUGCAGCACCCAAUGUGGGCAUCCCUUGAGGCAUGAUGGUGCCUGCGUAGGUACCUACCAUGUACAUCAUGAUCAUGAGGCAGAAGCUGAAGCAGCCCGCCACGAUCCAGCAGAUACACACACGCAGCUGACAUACGCGACACACAUAAAGACACACACAGACACAGACACCGAGGAAGACAGACGGACAGACGUGUCGGUGCGUCUAUGUUGUGCUGCGUCAUGUCAUCGACGGGCUUGUGUGCCCACCAUGUUUGAGACGAUGUAUCCACAUAGGCCGUCGAACAUGCCGUUGAGACCUCUCAACAUGAACUUGCAGUUGAUGCCAUCGAGAAGGUCUGCCGUCAUGUCGAGCACGGGCUGGAUGCUGCCCCUCAACUCUACGCCCAGCUUCCUCUGCGCCUCGUUUACCUCAAACUCCAGUGUUUCCUUCUGCACACACACAAACACAAACACACACACACGGCCAUCAAACGGAUGCAUGCAUUAAUUGGUGAUGCAGCUGACCGCCAUGGUGACUUCCUGUGAGAUGCCUGGAUCCGCAGCCGGGAGGGACUGAUUGUAGCCUCUGCUCCACAGAUAGUCGUAAUAGUCGAUCCCCGUCUACAGAGAGACGUAGGUACAACAGAGGCCCCAUGACGUCUCCUUCUCGCCAACCCCGACCCACCGACUCACCAGCCCGCCUGUGUCCUGGUAUUCGCAUGGAUUCAGCCCUCGCCCUGAAUCCAGCGUCUCGCUGCCGCUGCUGGUGUCGGUCACGAGCUCGCCAGUUGUCGGAUCGAUGUGGUCGGUGUAGCUCGGACAGAACCACGCAUCGUUGCCCGUGCCGGUCAGUUGCUGCAUACAGAACGCCGGCAGGGAGUGCAAGACCCUUCGGUUGAUUGAUCUGUGUAUGUAUGGACACCAAGUACUUACGACUUUUUGCUUGGCCCAGUAGAGGAGAGCGAGGAACUCGCUUCUCUGCAAACCAGAGGUAGAUGAACAACAGUGCUGUCAGUCUACGUUGUCCGUCCAGCUUGGUUGGCCUUUCAAGCUUACGGCUGGUUCAGCAGCCAAAGGGCCAACCAAUUCGCUGUUCAAAGUGGGGUUGUUAGUCUGCACAUGACACACGUGCAAACAGAUAUUGACGAGCGAGUCGGUCUGUCUGUCUGCGCAAGUGAGUGGGCUCAUGUACGUACCGCAAAGGGUUCGACAAGACUGAAGCCGGCGUUAAUCCUGUACUCUGUACCAGGCGGGUUGGCAAAAGGAGCGCCUGGUACUGGGACAAACAGCGACUCCAACCAGAAAUACGGAGUCCCCCCUCCCAUUCUGCUGCGGAUCUCAGCUUGGAGUUCUUCGAGGCCCUCGAUGGGCCCAUUCGGCUCAAGAUCUGAGCGCAUGAUUGAGUGAGGGAGGAACAGACACAUGGACGCAAUCGGUGACAGACUACCUACCGGUAUCGGUCUGAUUCGUCUGCUCUUUUUGGAUGCCAGUCGUGGGUAUCUCCCAAGGUCGCGGUUCCUGCAUGUACGAAAACCAGCCGGAAACGCAUUCCAUUGUAUCUACCUCUCUCUCUCUCUCUCUCUUUCAUUGACCGUACCGAAUUGAGGGAAGGGUUCUGUGGGAUGAUGACCCAGCCCAGGGCCAUGGCCGUCUUCUCAAUCUACAAACAAAGUAACAAGCACUUGUCGAUGUGUCUCUCUGUGUGUGUAUAUUGUCCGACCUCGUCGACUGCCGCGAAGCUAGCAUUCUCACUCCUGAGAAGGGUGAAUUGGGCGAACACACACAAAAGGCCCCCGUCCGUCUCUUCGCCGUGAGCGGGGAGUGAGUCAUUUCUGUUUUGCUUGCUCACUCGUCCAGGUCGGCAAAUGCUGCGUCGAUAUCCUUCUGGAAGUUGAAGUCGUCUGAAAAACGAGACGCGCGACACGCACGCAGAGAGGGACAUGGCGACGCCGCCGUCUGGCUGCGUGUGUGGGGAUUCCGUAAGUGUUUGCAAUUCACCGACCUUCGAUGCCCAGAGCCUCGACGAGGGAGCCGUUGCCUGUGGGUGUCAGGCACUGCACGGACGGACACGAACCAUGUACUUUUCCAUGCGUCCGUGCUGCUGUCUGUCUAUGUAGCGCGGUACCUGUAUGGCGAUGUCGAGUGUGUCGGUGUCGAGGCCGACGUCCGUGCCCGGGCCGAAAUACUUGUUCCAGCUCUUCUCGGAUUGCAGAUCCUCCCUGCAUAUACACCGUACGUAAACAGUCAAGGUGUGCAUAUUUGAUCGAUUAUCUGCCCAGACAGCCACGCACCUGACGAAGGUGCAUGCGUGUGCCAUAAGGACGCCCACGAAAAGGACGAGACCGGCGAAGAUGAAUGCUGAUAGUUAAGACGCAGCGAAUGACAUGUUUCUUGGCGCUUGCCGGCAGUCACUCACUGCCGAUACUGCGCAUACGUACCGAAUACGGUGAUGCCCAUGAAGCAGCAGUACAUGAGACAGGAAUACACGGGAGUGGGAUUCGGCGUACGGCUAAACAUCUGCACACAAAUCGACAAAUCGAUGGGCGGGGCCGAUAUGUGUGUAUGGUCCUCUCCCCUCCCUGCGUGUCUGUCUGCCUGUGUGCAUACCGAGUAUAGAAGUGCGAGCACGCCGAGUAUGCCGGCCAGGCCGGCAAUGACGCCCAGCACGAUGAAGACGGCAUAGCGGAUCUUCUCGUUGUCCUCAACCUGUGACACGCACACAGAGAAACCGAUUCGCCUGUGCACCUGUCUGUGUACGUAGCCGCUGGAGCUCACCAGGUCGGUCGAGUCGGUGGCGCUGUCGACGAUGAGAUUCUCCAUUUCGUCCUUCAUGUCCUUCAGAGACUUCGAGCCCGACUCUACACCAUCUUUGACGUCCUGGCACAUGACACGACGACCGGCAUCCAUGAGCCCUUGUGUAGGUGUGCUGCCCUCUUCCUCUGGCUAUUGUUUGCUGCGUACAUCGAGAGUGCUUCCCGUGAGUGAGUCGGACACCUCGUUGCGCACAUUGGUGAGUGCUUGGACCACACCAGUCUUGAUCUCAUCCCUGGCCGCCGUGAUUUUACCUGACGCCCACAUCGUGUAGGUAUGUCUCCCCUCUGCACCCACUGUGUGUGCACGAGUGAGUGUGGUUACCUGGCCCCUCAUCGCAUAGGACGCAUCGGUGGUCGGAAGCAAUUGCUUCGGGGGCGUUCUGCUCCAGCACCUGAGUCACUCACAGGAGGAAACGUCCGUCGCUUCCGAGGAGGUGACCAUCCCACUCACCAGUCCCAUGAACUUGAGCCGAUUGUCGAGCUCGUCCUUGGCUGAUCCGUCACCGCACACACACACACGCGCGCGCACACACUAUAUGACCUGACCUGUGCAAAAGAAUGUGUGUGGGUACCCAUCUCGAAGUCGAGCGUAUCAUUCAGGACCCUAUCGAUUUCGGCGGGGACGCCGUCGGGCUCGAGCUGAUUCGAGAUGCUCUCCAUGCUGACCGCACGGCCACACAGGUACCCAGCACACACAUCUCUUCUUGUCAGACUGUGGCACUUGGUUGUUCAGUCGCCCACUCACGUGUCGACGGCGUUGCUGAGUCCGAUGAAGUAGCCGGUGGUGUUGGGCUCCCCGCUGCCGUAGAAGCUGUCCUCAGCGAACUGGGCCAUCGCGCACAGCGUGUUGGUCACCCUACGUGUGAACGAACGUAUACGAGAGAGCAGCACAUUCAUUCAGUUUCGUUCUCCCACCCUUUGGUGAGGUCUUCGUUGUACUUGACUUGCAGGAACGACACAACCACCAGACCGGCGGAGAAGGCCUGCAUGCGUGCAGUGUUUUCCAUACGAUCACAAGGACGGGCCGCAAACAUACAUCCAGACACCUAUGUAAGACGUGUCUCUCUCUGCGUAUUUGAUUGAGACGUACGCAGAAUAUGAUGAGAAAUAUGAGGUUGAAGAGGAAGGACCUCUUGCGGCGCUGCCUCGGCUCGCAACACCUGCAGUGAGUCCAGGCACACAGACAGACAGACAGACAGAGGAAUGGGCGGAUGCAGGCAUCCCUGAAUACAAUGACAUCCAUACCUUCUGCAGCAUCGGCAGCACGCCAUGUAGCAGCACACCGGCCAGACGAAGACCAACAGUAUCAAACCUGAUAACCAACCAUCCAAACAUCCACACAUACAAAGAUUCACACAUACACACAUACAGACAUACACACAAGAGAGAUGUGCACUCAUAGAAUGCCCACCCACCGAUCGCGACGGGCGUGAGUACGGCAGCGAGGGCCUUGAUGUAGGGCUCCCAAUUCUCCUCCGGAUCCAUGACCACAUCCAGAAACAAGCCGUAGUCUUCGCCACACAACAAGAGGGAGAGAGGGAGGGAAAAGGAGACAGGAAUGCCCGAUUCGCUGUGCGAGCGUGGGUUCUUGGUGCAUGCCAUGUCUUUACCGACGUAUUUGCUGACUUCCUCCUGUGUGCCCUUCCCCUCCUCCCCGGGACGCUCUUUCCCCUUGAUCUGUGGCAGACGGGUGAGUCGAUGAGCACAUGUAGCACUCGCUCAUUCGUCGUUUGUGAGUGAAUCCAUUUGUGCAUCUGCAUGUGUGCGGCAUCGUACCACGACGUCGGCCCUCCCGCAGACAUCCUUGCGCACCUCCUUAAGCUCCUUCGAGUCAUCAGCUGGUCACACCACACACACAAAGAACAUCUCUCACAUCCGCCCAAUCUCUCAAUGAAUGCAUGAUUGCAUCCAUCCCCUCCGCUCUCUCUCCCUCACCAAGUCGUCUCGUAUGUGUCCCGUCGCCGUGCAUCGUCGCCCGCAGAUAUCUCCUCUCUAUCGGCCCCUCUCCCCACCGGAAAGGCGACAGCAGAAACCUCUCAACCGUUAUGGCCACAUGCAGCGUGUCGGUCAGCGGCGCAUACGCCUCACGGAACUGCGCCGGUGCCGCCGCGAUGAGUUCCCGGACCUUCUUGAGCCUAUCGGAACGUUCUGAUGAGCUGAUGAGCGUCGGUGUGGCCGCGAGGGCGAGAACGAAGACGAGUAGGCGGAUUGGUGGCGUCAUUGUGAUGGAUAGACGCCUCAGGAGAGCGACGGGGCGGCGUCACGACGCCCCGGGCGGUGGUGGGGCGCCCUUGCAAUGGAGAAGUCGACUAAAUCCUUGUCGAUGCUCCUGUGAGAGCCGUACGGUGCGGAAAAGGAGGAAAAGCCCUCGGAGCACCAAACGAC